AUGCAACACGUAAGCAGGCAGAGGCGUCGGUAUGAGGCCUUCAAGGCGGAACAACCACAGGCUCUUGUGAUCAGCCUCGUGCAACUACUACACUCGGCCUCUGAUCCGGAAGCGCGUGCUUUUGCUCCAGCAGUUCUUAAGGUGCAGCUAUUAGAGGCCCUGGUCACCGAGCCCAUAGCUCACGUUCGCCGCAAACUUGGCCACUUGAUUGCUGAACUGGCUGUUGUCUCGGGAACCUUCGACUUGCUGGCCAAGCUAGCCGAGUACGUGAGUGACCUGCUAGUUCCGCAUAAAGAAAGCUUCCUUACGCUUUUUACCAACUCGCUCAACGAUGCAAACGGAGAAGUGCAGAUUGCCAGCCUCAAGGCUGCAUCAGCUUUCCUGCUGACGCUCGAGGACAAGCAGGAAUUAUUGGCGUUUGCCAUUAUUAUUGCUGAAGUACACCCCAAAUUUUUCCGCAACUCUCUGGGCGACGUGGCCCGUGCCAUGAUCUCUGUGUGCUCGUCACAAGAGCUUGACUCGGAGACUCGUGAGCUUGCUUUGGGGUUCGUCAUUGAGCUGUGUGAAAAUGCUGGUGGCAUGAAAUUUGACGAUCCGGAGACCUUCGCUGAGGCCAAUGACGCCGACAACUCGAUCAGUGACGCUGGUGCCGCGGCAAUUGAUCGUCUGAGCACGUCUCUUGGUGGCAGCGCUGUGCUACCUGUAGCCAUCCCGGUCAUUAAGGAUUUUCUCGGUGAUGCCGACUGGCGCAAACGUCGCGCUGGCCUAUAUGCUAUCUGCCUGCUAGGUGAGGGUGCGAAGUCGCUCAUGACCCGUGAGCUGAUAAUGUAUCUUGGACAGAUUGCCGAGGACUUUGGUGAGGUGGAGAAGGGAAAAAACUUUCAGGCAAAAUUUCACACAAUGGUGAUACCGGCGCUUACGGCGUUGGUUCAGAAUGAACAAGGUGUGCUGCGUACCCGUGCUCUGGCUGCCAGUGUGGUUAUCAACUUUUGCUACACGAACGUAUGUAAGGCCAACGUGGCCAAGGUAAUUGGUGAUGAGUUUCUCCGCUUUUACGAUAUUUUCAUCCCGCUUGCGAAGGAGGUGCUGACGAACGCCCAUGGCAAGGAGUACGCUCUGCUUCGUGGCAAAUCCAUGGAGUCAAUUGCUCUCAUCGGUCAAGCUGUGGGCAAGGAGCGUUUUGUAAAUGAUGCCAAGGAGAUCAUGGAGAUUUUAGUGCGUGUGCAGUCCAGUGAGGGAGAUGGAAGGCCCAGUGGUGCAGUAUGUGGCGCAAUCGCGCAGAUUCAGCCAGACAUUCAGCUGUCGGAUGCCACUGAUGACGAUGUCGAGGAGGAUGGUCAGACUGUCGAUGGCUUGGACACCAUGACGCUGCAGAUUCGUGGCGUGGGAAAGAAGCGCCUGGAAAUCAAUGCGACCGAGGUGGCACAGGUAAUGAUCCCGCUGAUUGACUUCGAGUAUGUCGAAGACAUUCGUAUUGUGAGCAGUUUGACCAUGGCUAAGCUGCUGAACUGCGCUGUGGAGGGCACGAUGCACCACGGCUAUGGCGCGACAGCGCCGCAGUUCCCACAGCAGCUUUUUGAGGAGUUCUUCGAGCCAAUGCUGAAGAGUCUACAAGAAAGAAGAGGAUCUGGAGUGUCUUGGCGCGUUUGCUGGGGCCAUGUCGGCGAGUCCUGGAGUGUGCAAAGAAAGCCAAAAAAGGGUUAUCAGACCGAGAACAAUGAGCUUGAAGAAGGCAUCUUUCGGUCGAUGAUUGACUCGAUCGGCUGGAUCGUGAAGAAGACGGUAUCGAUGCUGCGCGGUCAGGCUAUCUGCAUGAUUGAUGAUAUCAUUGAGCACUGCGAUACUUCUGCCCAGGAGCUGCUGCCACUGUUUCUGAACCACCUUGUUCAGGGUCUUGAGGAUCAGAGUCCGUCAGUAAUCCAAGCGUCAGCUUACGGUAUUGGUGUCAGUGCUGAGAAGUGUGGCGCUGCGCUUCGAUCCUUCUGUCAGAAUGCGCUUGAGAAGAUGGUGCACUUGAUUAACGUCUCAACGAACGUGGAUGAUGACGAAGUUGGUGCGGCGUGUGACAACGCUAUUAGCGCUGUGGCCAAGAUCUGUUUGGCUCGCGAAGGUGCUGUAGACGCUGCCAAAAUGUGGCCCAUGUGGCUCAGCUGGCUGCCACUUCGUGCGGAUGUGCUUGAAGCGCAGGAGGUGCAUGCUCGACUAAUUUCAUUGGUGAGCAGCAGCAAUGCUCAUGUGCUUGGCGCCAAUUACUCUAACCUCGUCCAGAUCCUGAAGGUGUUCGCAUCGGCACUUCGUGAAAGUUGCAGUUGUGUCCGAUGUUUUGUCUAUAUGAGGGGACUGCAUUUAACUGGUGUUGUCUUUUGUUUUGUCUCUACGAAUGCGCGGUCAUUCGACAUGGCGGCAGAGGAGGACGCCGCAGAGGACGAGGAGGUGUCGACUAUUUCAGAGGAGUCAAGCCGAAACUCCGUGAAUUGCUGGUCAAGUUGCAAUCUCAGCUGCCUGUUUCAGUGGUGCAGAAUGCCUGGUCGAAACUUAGCGGUGAUGAGCAGCAGGCUCUGUCUCAGCUGUAACAUGUCUGGUAAAACGUUAGACAGCGAUUGA